AUGGCGCGCUUUUAUGAGUUAAGGAUAAGUUCCCUGGUCCUCUGGCUGUCGGCGUCAAAAGCUAUCAAUUGCGCAAAUGACACUGGAAAUUCGCCUGGCCUACCUAUGGUUAUAAAUACGUGGGGUGGCCCGUUUACAGCAGCUACAGAUGCGGCGUAUUUAUCUCUAUUGAAGCCGGAGACAUCAGCGCUCGAUGCCGUUGAAAUCGGUUGCUCUACUUGUGAAACAAAUCAAUGCGAUGGGAGUGUGGGCUACGGCGGCUCACCAGAUGAGAAUUGUGAGACAACCCUCGACGCAAUGAUAAUGGACGGCACAACCAUGAAAUCCGGCGCCGUGGCUGCCCUACGGCGCAUCAAACAAGCUAUUUCAGUUGCGCGGGCGGUGCUAGAACACACCACGCACACCCUACUCGCAGGAGACUUCGCAACAGAUUUUGCCGUCGCCAACGGCUUCAUCGCGCAGAACCUAACCACGGAAUCAUCAGCCGAGUCCUGCGCACAAUGGAAAGCGGAUAACUGCCAGCCAAACUACCGCAUCAAUGUGACACCCGACCCAUCUAGUUCAUGCGGACCCUAUGCGCCCGUCGCUCUGAACUCGAGCUCAGCGGACUAUACUUGGAAAAUAGUACCCCGCAGUAGUAAACCAGAGGGCCACGACACAAUCUCCAUGAUCGCACUCCACGCCUCCGGUACCAUGGCAGCCGGGACAUCAACCAACGGCGCCGGACGCAAGGUCCCGGGGCGCGUGGGUGAUGGGCCGAUCACAGGUUCUGGAUCGUAUGUUGACGGCGAAGUAGGCGGGUGCGGGGCCACCGGCGACGGGGAUGUUAUGAUGCGGUUCCUGCCGUGUUACCAAGCAGUUGAGAAUUUGCGGUUAGGCAUGAGUCCUCAACUAGCGGCAGAAGAUGCGGUAACGAGGAUGUUGCGGAAGUAUCCCGAUGUGCAGAGUGGGAUUGUGGUUGUGAAUAGUAAAGGUGAACAUGGUGGUGCUGGGUCGGGAUGGACGUUUACGUAUGCGUAUCGUGGUGGCGGGAUGAAUGAGACGGUUGUGGUGAGCGUGCCGCCUAUAAAUGGGAGUGAGGCGGCGGGGGAUUUGAAGAGGAAGUGA